AAAAAAAAAAGAAAAAACAAGAAGAAAAUUGAAGAGAUUGCAGUUACAGAAAACAAUGUGGAAUAGGUAGGGGUUACCGAGAAACCGUAAAUCGAGAACUAAUGAGUGUGAACUAAGAAAUAUAUAUACACAAACAUAGCAUCCCUAUAUGGUGGUGGUGACGGUGGUUGUGCCAGUGGUGAAGCUUCGAAAGAGGUAGGAAUUAGCCAUGAGUAGCGAGAAGAGUAGGUACUACGAGGUUUGCAAGGGCUUCAAUGGCCUCGACAAGGUUCUUCUUCGCGAUCCCCGUGGAAGCUCCGCCGAGGUGUACUUAUACGGUGGCCAUGUGACUUCUUGGAAGAAUGACCAUGGUGAAGAAUUGCUUUUCCUUAGUAGCAAGGCUACUUUUAAGCCUCCCAAGGCAAUUCGUGGAGGGAUUCCAAUAUGCUUUCCUCAAUUUAGCUGCCAUGGUAACCUAGAUCGGCAUGGAUUUGCUAGAAAUCGCUUAUGGGCCAUUGAUGACCACCCUCCUCCCUUUCCAACAAAUACUUCCAAUAAAGCCUUUGUUGAUUUGAUUCUUAAGCCCUCAGAAGAGGAAAUGAAGAUUUGGCCUCACAGUUUUGAAUUCCGUCUUAGGGUAGCUCUAGGACCUGGAGGGUAUCUGAUGUUGACAUCUCGGAUUAGGAACACAAACACUGAUGGGAAGCCAUUUUCAUUCACAUUUGCUUAUCAUACAUAUUUCUUUGUUUCAGAUAUAUGCGAAGUCCGGGUAGAGGGAUUAGAGACACUAGAUUAUCUCGACAACUUGCAGAAAAAGAAACGCUUUACUGAACAGGGGGAUGCUUUAACAUUUGAAUCAGAAGUUGACAAGAUGUAUCUCAGCACUCCUACAAAGAUUGCUAUUAUUGAUCACGAGAAGAAGAGAACAUAUGUGUUACGUAAAGAUGGGCUUCCUGAUGCUGUGGUGUGGAAUCCUUGGGAUAAAAAAGCAAAGGCUAUGGCUGAUUUUGGUGAUAAUGAGUAUAAGCAUAUGGUUUGUGUAGAGGCUGCUGCUAUUGAAAAACCUAUCACUUUGAAACCUGGCGAAGAAUGGAAAGGAAGACUAGAGCUUUCAAUUGUUUCUUCUAGUUAUUGUAGCGGGCAGCUUGAUCCCCGAAGAGUUCUUCAAUGCAGCUGAAAGAUCAUUGUGUCUAUGUCCUCUACUGGUAACUCGUGGCCAAGAUGAAUGAUGAAAGGGAAGUGUUUCUAUAGUAGCAAAUUCCCCACUUUCAUUUUCUAUUUAUACCUUCAAGUUGGACCGGCUGAAAUCAUGUUCCGACGUGGUUUUUGUUAAAUGAUAUUUUGAUACAAUGGAUGACCAGUUUGAUAUUGAUCAAUAUCAAAUUAACGCAUGGUAGGCCACCGUUAUGGGAAAAGGAAAUUACAGUGCACGAUUCUGUAGAUGUUCAGGUUGGAUAGAAUGGCCCGGAUCAGAGGGUUUAUCUUUGGGUCCACAGCUGUUGGGGUUCUGAAAAGUUACUUCUACAUGAGGAUUAAACAAUAUAUGCUUUAUAGGGGGGUCUUAUUUCGGAUCUUUUUACUUGUAUGCCAUAAGUUGCUGGGAUAAUCUACAUGUUGAAAUCAUAAACCAAGAUUACCAUGAAACAUACUGUUAUCGC